CCAUGGGGGGAUAGAAUGUAUAAAAACCUUUGUUUCUGCCUCCUUUCCUUCUACUUUCCUUCCAUUUCUUGUUUAAUAUGAAAGACGUUUAAUCCUGGUGGAGACUACAGUAUGUUAAGGCUGCAGAAGAGGCUGGCCUCCAGCGUCCUGCGCUGUGGCAAGAAAAAAGUCUGGUUGGAUCCCAAUGAGACUAAUGAAAUUGCAAAUGCCAACUCUCGUCAGCAGAUCAGGAAACUGAUCAAAGAUGGCCUGAUCAUCCGCAAGCCAGUUACUGUUCACUCACGUGCUCGAUGCCGGAAAAACACUUUGGCUCGCCGUAAGGGCAGACACAUGGGCAUCGGUAAGAGAAAAGGUACAGCCAAUGCCCGUAUGCCUGAGAAAGUUACUUGGAUGAGAAGGAUGAGGAUUUUGAGACGUCUGCUUCGCAGAUACAGGGAAUCCAAGAAGAUUGAUCGCCAUAUGUAUCACAGCUUGUACUUGAAGGUGAAAGGUAAUGUAUUCAAGAACAAGAGGAUCCUGAUGGAGCACAUCCACAAACUGAAGGCAGACAAGGCUCGCAAGAAGCUUCUGGCUGACCAAGCUGAAGCCCGUAGGUCCAAGACCAAGGAGGCUCGUAAGCGCCGUGAAGAACGUCUGCAAGCCAAGAAGGAGGAGAUCAUCAAGACACUGUCCAAGGAGGAAGAAACCAAGAAAUAACUUCUGCCUUCCUGUGUACAUAGUGCUCAAAGGGUAUCUAAUAAAUCUCUCUAACAACCCA